AUGACGGCAGAAGCCGCUGAAAUGGAUCGCCGUGAAGAAGAGCGUAAAAACCUUCUUUUGCGGCGAAAGUUAUUGAGCGCAAGCUUAAUAUCAGACACCCAUUUUGUCCAAAGAUAUCGGCUGACAAAAGAAGCCUACAAGUUUCUAUGUGAGACACUUAGAAAUCAUACUAAUUUAAGAAGCUCUCAGAGAGUCUCACUAGAAACUAAGGUACUCUGCGCAUUAUUAUUUUUUGCCAAUGGCGAUUACCAAAGGGUGGUUGGCACGGCCAAUUGUUACUCCCAAGAAGCCAUCAGCCGCUUUGUCCACCAAGUGACUGAAGCACUAAACCACCCAGAGGUUUUAAAAAACUUCAUUAAGUUCCCCACGACACGGGAAGCUAGAGAACAAGUGAAACAAAGUUUCUAUAAUAUGUACGGGUUUCCUGGAGUGUUGGGAUGUGUAGAUGGCUCACACUUUAGGAUUGUCAAGCCCAAAAAGGAUAUAGAACAUUUAUUUUACUGCCGCAAGCACUAUCAUUCGAUAAAUGUUCAAAUGGUGUGUGAUCACAGGGGGCUAAUUAUGAACAUUAAUCCUAAGUAUGGUGGUGCUAGCCAUGAUGCCUUUGUGUGGGAAAACAGCCUUGUAAACCAACACAUGCAGACAUUGCACCAGAGUGGAGAGUCUGUCUGGCUUCUAGGGGACUCUGGAUACCCACAAAGGCCAUGGCUGAUGACACCAUACUCUCAACCAGGCCCGGGCACUUCUGCAGAGACAUACAAUAUGGUACACAGCAGGGCCCGGGUCAUCAUUGAAAAUACUUUUGGGCGCCUGAAAAACAGGUGGAGGUGUGUGUGCAAAGACAGGGUUUUGCACUACAAACCUGAAAAGUGUGCACACAUUAUUAUUGCUUGUUGUGUGUUGCACAACAUUUGUGUAAAUUUUAAUGUACCGGACUAUGAAACUGAACCAGAAACAACAGGUCACGAAGAUUUCAUCAGAGAGGAGUCUGCUCCGCAUGAAGACAGUUCCCUUUUAACUUUGGGCCGAUUAAUACGUGAUCGCGUGGCCAGUAGAGUGCGUUUGAUCAAUUAAAUACACUUUUUAUUUAUUAUUAAUAUAACAAUUUCAGUAUGAAAACG